AUGGCUUCAUUCACUUGUAUGUUCUUCUGCAGUGGUAGCAACGAUCACACUACGAAGUUUUGGUGCAGAAAUAGGCCGGGAGACACUGGUCGUGAUAAAUUUAACAUUGGUCAGAAUCAAGGUUUUGGUGAGCAGAACCCUGCUUUUGGUGGUCGCAUGACUGGUAACUUUCCAGUACCUGAAGGACCACCAACUCCAGGACCAUUUCCUCCUGGGUUGACUCGAAAUGAAGGAACAAUUCCAGGCGUUGGAGUUGCUAUGCCGUUAUCUCUUGAUGCAUCAACUCAGGGAGAGCAACAGCAACCUCAUGCACUUUCAAUGCCUUUAGGGGCUCCUCCUCUUCCUCCUGGUCCACACCCCUCUCUUCUUGCUUCUAAUCAGCAGCAACAAUAUCAGCAAAAUCCUCAACAGAUCCCACAACAGCAACAUCAACAACACCAAGCUCACCCACAGCAAAUGCCCCCUAUGCCUAUGCCACCUCCAAAUAUGCCACAUCUACAGCCUCCAUCCCAUUUACCGUUGCUGCCCCAUCCUCAUUUACAUCGCCCGCCACCCCAAAUGCCCCCACUCGGGAUACCAUCAUCAGUGCCUGGAUCCUUGCCUAUGCCUUCAUCAGUUCCUACCUCACAUUCAAUGCAAAUG